AUGGACGCAUCGGCGACGUCGCAGAAGCGCAAGUGCCCCGACAAGGAGGAGACAGUCGGCAUGUGCGCCGACGGCUGCGGCUUCUUCGGCGCCGCCGCCACCGGCAACAUGUGCUCCAAGUGCUGCCUGGACCACGUCAUCAUCGGCACCGCUAACACCGUGGCCGCCCCGACCGGGCCUCCGGAGAAGAAGGCCAAGAUUAUCGUCGCUGUUCAGCUCAACUAUGGUUUCGUAAAACAUUUUCGCCCGUCCUCCGAUGGUGCGGCUGUUUCCUCCAUCACAGCCGCACUUGACUCCUCCGUGAUGUCCGUGAAGCAGCCGCCGGUGGCGGCGAACCGGUGCGUGACGUGCCUCAAGAAGGUGGGGCUGCUGGGGUUCCGAUGCCCUGCCGGCCAGGAGCAGAUCGCCAAGCACAACCUAGUUGUGGUUGCGGACAAGAUUUCACGAAGGAUCUGA